AUGGCGGAGGAUUUGGUACUGGACACAGCUAUUAGAGAUUGGGUGCUUAUACCGCUUUCAGUGGUCAUGGUCCUCAUCGGAAUCCUCCGUUACUUCGUAUCUAAGCUCAUGCGCUCCGACCAAACCCCCGAUCUCAAAAUCGUCAAAGAAGGGCAGUUGAUAAUUAGGGCAAGAAAUCUUCGGGCGGCGGCCAAUUUCAUCCCGGCCAGGUCGUUCCGUGCUCGCAAGCACUAUUACAGCAAUGAGGAGGAUGGUUUAUUACACGUGCCUAAGGGCCAAGGUCAGAACCCACAGGCACAGAUGUUCUCAGAUCCAAACAUGGCUAUGGAUAUGAUGAAGAAAAAUCUCUCGAUGAUCAUUCCACAGACACUCACUUUUGCGUGGGUCAACUUUUUCUUCUCUGGAUUUGUAGCAGCAAAGAUUCCAUUUCCACUUACUCAGAGAUUUCGGGGAAUGUUGCAAAACGGUAUAGACUUGAGCACUGUGGAUGUAAGCUACGUCAGCAGUCGCUCCUGGUAUUUUCUCAAUCUAUUUGGGCUACGAGGACUUUUUAGCCUUAUUCUUGGAGAAGAUAAUGCAACUGAUGAUACACAACGCAUGAUGCAAAUGAGCGGAUUUGGAUUUGAUCCUACAAGAAGCCUGGGAGCGGAGAAAGAUAAUCUGGACAUUGUUCAGCAUGAAUGGGCCUUGCCGAAAUUCGAGCAGCGAGCAGAAGCUGUUCUGAAGAAACUUCACGGACAGAUGAGACAACCUCCCAACCGCCCCUCGGCCUCGGUGACGGGCCCAGCAGCAGGAGGCAAGCCCGCGGGGGGUCUGCAAUGCUUCUCGUGCGGCAAGCUGGGCCACCGGUUGACGACUUACCCGCAGCCCAACGGCUUCCGCACGCUUCUCGCAAAUGAUAGCGGCUGCCAGGAGUAUGCGCGUUCUUCAUUGUUUAACUAA